AUGAGCGGCACCGACUUCCUCGGCCGCGCUAUCGACGUGGUCAAGAAGGCAAUCGAGAAGGAUACCAAUGGCGACUAUGAAACUGCCUACCAGCUGUACUACCAGGCUCUCGAGCUGUUCAUGCUGGCUCUGAAGUGGGAGAAAAAUCCAAAGUCCAAAGAGAUGAUCCGCGCCAAGGUUGGCGAGUACAUGGAACGCGCCGAAAAGCUCAAGAACCACCUCGCUGAGAACGACACCAAUAAUCGAAAGAAACCUGGUGCGAUAGGCGCGAACGGCAAGGUCGCCGGUGGCAGUGGGAAGGGUCAGGGUGGUGGUGACGACGAGGAAGACGCCGAUUCCAAGAAGCUGCGCGGUGCGCUCGCCGGCGCCAUCCUGUCGGAGAAGCCGAAUGUUAGGUGGGAAGAUGUUGCUGGCUUGGAUCAGGCGAAGGAGGCGCUGAAGGAGGCCGUUAUAUUACCCAUCAAGUUCCCCCACCUGUUUACGGGCAAGAGACAGCCGUGGAAAGGUAUCCUGAUGUACGGCCCGCCCGGUACCGGUAAGAGUUACUUGGCCAAGGCGGUCGCCACAGAGGCAAACAGCACUUUCUUCAGCGUCAGCAGUAGUGACCUGGUUUCGAAGUGGAUGGGAGAGAGUGAACGUCUCGUCAAGCAAUUGUUCAACAUGGCAAGGGAGAACAAGCCCUCGAUUAUCUUCAUUGACGAAAUCGACGCUCUGUGUGGUCCUCGUGGAGAGGGUGAAUCGGAGGCAUCAAGACGUAUCAAGACGGAACUUCUGGUGCAAAUGGACGGUGUUGGCAAGGAUUCCAAGGGUGUUCUGAUUCUUGGCGCAACAAACAUCCCAUGGCAGCUCGAUGCCGCCAUUAGGAGACGUUUCCAGAGGCGUGUCCAUAUCAGCUUGCCCGAUCUUCCUGCAAGAAUGAAGAUGUUCGAGCUUGCAGUUGGCACUACGCCAUGCCACCUGAAGCCCGAGGACUACAGAGAACUUGGCCGACUAAGCGAGGGAUACUCGGGUAGCGAUAUCAGCAUCGCUGUGCAGGAUGCGCUGAUGCAGCCGGUGCGAAAGAUCCAAACGGCAACGCACUACAAGAAGGUCAUGGUGGAGGGUGAGGAGAAGCUCACCCCUUGCUCGCCGGGCGACGCUGGAGCAAUGGAGAUGCAAUGGACGGAGGUAGAAUCUGACCAGCUUCUGGAGCCUCCGCUCAUGCUGAAGGACUUCGUCAAGGCCAUCAAGAGCUCGAGGCCUACGGUCAGCGGAGAAGAUCUCACAAGAAACGCAGAAUGGACCAAGGAGUUCGGUAGCGAGGGCGCCGGCGCCGGUGGCUCGUCCGCCGCCUACCAUCUGUCCGAGUUUGCCUCGUGGGCCGGCAUCCCAACCAACAUCACCGUCUUCGAGCGGGCGCCCUACAUCGGCGGGCGCUCGACGACCGUCCACGCGUACGAUGCGCCCUCCAUCCCCGUCGAGCUCGGCGCGACCAUCUUCGUCCAGGUCAAUACGAUCCUGAUGGAUGCGGUGGCGCGCUUCAACUUGUCGUCGGAUGGCUUCGGCACCGCCAUUGUCGACGACGACGAGGAGGACGAUAAAGAGCGGGAUUUCCUGGGCGUCUGGGACGGGCAUAAAUUUGUCUUGACCACCCCUGAGGAUAUGGGAUGGUGGGAUAAGGCGCGGAUGCUGUGGAAAUACGGGCUUGCGCCGAUACGCACCAUGCAGCUGAUGAAGAAGACGGUGGGCGCAUUCCUGGAGAUGUAUCAGGAGCCGCAUUUCCCGUGGACUUCAUUGUCGGAAAAGGCACAUGAGCUGGGACUAGUGGAGGCGUCUGCGGCGACAGGAACGGAGUUCCUGAGAAAGAAUGGGAUUGGGGAAGCUUUUGCACAUGAUGUGGUGCAGGCAAGCACCCGCGUCAAUUACGCUCAAAACUUACCCCUCGUCAAUGGACUCAUCUCCAUGGUCUGCAUGGCCACCGAUGGCGCCAUGAGCGUCGACGGCGGCAAUUGGCAGAUCUUCUCCAACAUGGCCACCGUCGCGACCAAGGACAUCCGGCUCAACACUUCCGUCUCCGCCAUAGCCAAGCAGUCUGACGGCACGUACAAGCUCACACCGAAGGAUGCAUCCACCAACGAGCUGCAAGCGUCGGAAGACUUCGACGCCGUCAUCCUCGCGGCGCCCUACCAGUUCGCCGACAUCGACUUUACGCCGCAGCCCCAGCACGUGCCGGACACCAUCCCCUACGUCCAGCUGCACGUCACGCUCUUCACCUCGCCGCACCGCCUCGCGGCGUCAGCCUUCAACCUGCCGCCGGGCUCGCCGGUCCCGCAAGUCAUCCUGACGACGCUCGCGCCGGGCGACGUGCCCAACGACGACAGGGACGCAGACCUGCCCAACAAGUCGCACGUCGGCAGCGCCGGCUUCUUCAGCAUCAGCACGCUGCGCGCGGUGCGCAACCCCGCCACCGGUCGCCGCGAGUUCCUGUACAAGGUCUUCUCGCCCGCGCCCGUCACCGGCGCCUUCCUGGCCAAGAUCCUCGGCGUGCGCACCGACUUUGACGACGGCGAGAGCGACCUCGGCGAGGACGUCGUCGGCCGCCAGGGCGACGUGACGUGGGUUCACCGCAAGGUGUGGCACAGCUACCCUUACGAAUUCCCGCGCGUCACGUUUGAGGAGUUGAAGCUGGAUGAGGGGCUGUGGUACACGAGCGCGAUUGAGGGCUUCAUCAGCACGAUGGAGACGAGUGCGCUGGCUGGGAAGAAUGUAGCGAAGCUGGUGGUUGAUGGGUGGGUUGGUGGUGAUGAGAAGGGUGCGGAUGGCGCGGAGGGUGAUGAGGGUGAUGAGGAGGGCGUGAAGGAGCUCUGA